AUGGCGACCUUCUUCGAUUCCAUGCAGAAAAGUUUCGAGGAUGUGCCGAUUGAUGCUUCCAAGGACAAUGCCAUCUCGACGACUGAGUUCCUUGAAGCGGCUGAGAGUCUGACUACGCUUUUUGACGUCCUAGGCUCAGCAGCCUUCAAGCCUGUCAAGAGUGACAUGUCUGGCAACAUUAAGAAAAUCCGUGACCGCCAGCUUGCAGCCCCAACCCUCUCGGAAACGCUCCAAGACCUCGUCCUCAACGAGCUCAAGGAGAAGAAGCACACUGCCACCGAAGGCCUCGUAUGGUUAAACCGUGGUCUCGACUUCACCGCUCAAGCCCUCCGCCAUAACCUCACCAACGCCGACAAGGAACUCGCCGAAUCGUUCCGCAGUUCUUAUGGCAACACACUCAAGCCCCACCACUCGUUUGUGGUCAAGCCGUUGUUCAGCGCCGCCAUGAGCGCUACACCAUACCGCAAAGACUUCUAUGCGAAGUUGGGCGAGGACGAUGCAAAGGUGCAGCCUGCGCUUGAGAAGUGGCUGGCGGCAUUGGAGAAGCAUGUCAGUGUGCUAAACGAGUUUUUGGCAAGGAAGGAGGCCAAGUGGUAG